AUGUAUNUUGCAACAUCAAUCGAAGAAAAAACUUCAAUAACAGAAUCUGGAUCAAACCAUGAACAUUCUGAAACAUGUAAUGAUCCAACACAUCAUCAUAAUGAUUCAUCAUUUUUCAAUCCAAAUGAUUUAUAUUCAUCAAUAUCAGCUGUAAAAAAAGAAACACCAGCUAAACGAAAACAUAAGAAAAAUGAAAAACAAACUAGUAUACGUGCUGAAUCAAUUCCUGGUCAUCGUGGUAAUGAAAAUAUUGAUGAUCUUGUCAAAUUUAUUAAUAGUUCAUCACCAGUAAACGAUAACAAACAAAAGAAAAAAGUCAACAACAACAAAAACUAA